CGAACAAUAUAUAAAUAGCCAUAAUCGAUCUCGAAGAUCAGCAAAAAACAAAACAAGAAAUUACUCGGUCGAUCGAUCGAUCGAUCGGAGACUUUCAACUUUUUGCUAGCAGUGUAUAGGGUUUUGAAUACUUCAAUUACCAUGUCCAGGGACAGGGACCCCCUAGCAGUUGGGCGUGUUAUAGGAGAUGUUUUAGACCCAUUUACUAGGUCAAUUACUCUCAGAAUCACUUAUAACAAUAGCGAGAUUAAUAAUGGAUGUGAGUUCAAACCCUCCCAGGUUCUCAACCAACCUAGGGUCGACGUUGGCGGGGAUGAUCUCAGGACUUUCUACACUCUGGUUAUGGUUGAUCCUGAUGCACCAAGUCCAAGUGAUCCCAACCUAAGGGAGUACUUGCAUUGGUUGGUGACUGAUAUUCCAGCAACUACAGGGGCAAACUUUGGGCAAGAGGUUGUGUGCUAUGAAAGUCCAAGACCAACUGUAGGGAUCCAUCGUUUUGUUUUCGUGUUGUUCCGACAACUGGGUAGGCAGACCGUCUAUGCACCUGGGUGGCGCCAGAAUUUUAACACCAGGGAAUUUGCUGAGCUUUACAAUCUUGGAUUGCCUGUGGCUGCACUGUAUUUCAAUUGCCAGAGGGAAAGCGGCUCGGGUGGAAGAAGAAGAUGACUGAUCACGAGGCCUCCAAGGAAACCCUUCUGUCUAUGGAAAAAGAGUUAAAUAAUUAAGAAUCUAGCUAGCUAGUCUAUGUGGUGUACUGCAGUACGUAUGAGAUCAGAUAUAUAUUGAUCUCAACCACAUAUCUCGUUCUAUCUAUGUGCUUAGACAUUGGGGAUAACUGCUAAUUAUUAUUCUUCAGGGGUGUAAACGAGUUUAAUGUAUCUCAAAUACAUUAAUCUAUAUUAAUAAUAAUUAAUGAAGUUUAAUGCAUGGUGAUUACCUAUUUUUCUAUC